AGUCACGCCAUAAUUUAUUUUACUAUGGCCUGACUGGUCCGGGUCAGUGUUUCAUUGACUUUGGAAGUGAAGACACUGCAAUGAUAAUUUUCACGGCCAUAUUCGUGUUGGGAUUGACAUUGGCAGAUGCGUCAUGCCCCUCUAUCGUGUCGAAGAAGGAGUGGGGAGGUUUGAAACCCAUUCACGUGAGCUACCUCCUCAGGCCUGUAGACCUAGUCAUUAUUCAGCAUACAGUUACUCCAUUUUGUUCGACUGAUGGCACUUGUACUGAGGCUGCUCGGAGUAUACAAAAUUAUCAAGUCGAUGAGUUAGGAUACUGGGAUAUUGGCAUGUCAUUUCUUGUAGGCGGUAAUGGGAAAAUAUAUGAAGGCUGUGGCUGGCUCCACGUCGGCGCCCAUACGUACGGUUACAACAGCAAAUCCAUCGGCAUAUCCUUUAUAGGGAACUAUAAUAAUGACGAUCCAACAAGUGCCCAACUCGAAGCUGUAAAGGAACUUUUACGCUGUGGAGUGGAGGAAGGUCAUUUAUCAGCAGAUUACAAAGUUGUUGGCCACAAGCAAUUAAUCGCUACACAGAGUCCUGGAAGACGAUUGUACCAAGUUAUAAGAACCUGGCCCGAGUGGUUGGAAGAUGUUACAUCUAUUAAGAAUAAAAGCUAAAAAAAUACUUUUAAUAUCGACUACGGCUUGGCUUAUACACCUAGUACUGUUGAAUAAAUACUUAUAAGAAAGAUGUUUUGAACGAAAUUUCUCUAAUAUUAUUGAUUGAAUAAAGUUUAAUAAACUUAAAUUAAAUGAUGAAUCUAUUUUAUAGCAUUCAUGAAUAACG